AUGCUUAAAAAUAUUGGUUCAAAUUUCAAGAGAGUCAGAAUUCCUCUCAACCGGCCGGCUCAGUCUUUCCUGACCUGCAAACCAAAUAGCAGCGGACGCAUUGCAUCUUGGCUCUGUCGUGGAUAUUCAAACAAUGCUGAGCCAAAGACGAAGGAAAGCGGUAAGAAGACCCCUAAACCAAGUGGAAAGCUUCUAUUGCUGCUUGGAGCGCUCGCUGUUGGAUCAACCGUUGUAUCGCUGUCAUACCAAAAAACAGAUCCAGCAGAGUUCUUAGAAGAGGCCCCGGAAGAGGUUAAAAAAGAGUACAAGAAGCCUAAACAGCCAGCUUUCUCGCCUGACCAAGUUUCCGUUGUCUUCGUUCUCGGCGGUCCGGGAGCUGGUAAAGGAACUCAGUGCGCCAAGCUAGUGAACGAUUACCACUUUGUCCAUUUGUCUGCCGGUGACCUGUUGCGAGCAGAAAGAGAGCGUGAGGGCUCCAAAUAUGGUGAAUUGAUUAGCCAUUAUAUCAAGGAAGGUCUGAUCGUUCCCCAAGAAGUUACAGUUGCGCUCUUAAAGCAGGCUAUCACCGAGAACUUCGAGAAGGGUAGUACUAAGUUUUUGGUGGAUGGUUUCCCAAGAAAGAUGGACCAGGCAAUUACUUUUGAGCAGGAGAUUGUCCCCAGUAAAUUCGUCCUGUUUUUUGAUUGCCCCGAGAAAGUCAUGCUCGAGAGGCUACUAGAACGUGGUAAGACCAGCGGGAGAGAUGACGACAACAUUGAGUCGAUCAAGAAAAGAUUCAGAACGUUUAUCGAAACUAGUAUGCCAGUUGUUGAGUAUUUUGAUAAGCAGGCGAAAGUCGUAAGAGUGGGCUGCGACCACCCAGUUGAUGAGGUUUACAGAAACGUGCAGACCGCUGUCGAGCAAAAAGUCGGCAAAAACUGA